CGCCAUGGCCAGCACUGGGCAAGGCUUACUACUGCUGCUGCUGCUGCUGACGGCCCACCCGGGACCCCUGAAGGCUCAGCACUGGUCCCAUGGCUGGUACCCUGGAGGAAAGCGAGCCUCCGACUCACCCCAGGACCCUCUGCCUGCUCCAAGGCUCCCAGCAGGCAACCCGGGCCAGACUGCAGAGAGUCUCUCAAGCAGUGCCCUGGCACCUCCUGAGGACACUGUGCCCUGGGAGGACAAGACCAUGGCCCUGGGAUCCCUCCAGGAGAAGCAGCGCCUGUUGCAGACAUUGCUGAGCCGUGCCCGAGCUGCCCCCCGACGCCCCUCGACCCUCCAAUAAAGAUGCGGUCUCCGAA